AUGGAAUGGACGAAAAAACGGAAGAAACCGACUGCGGAUGAAGAAGCGGAAUUAAACGACGCUCUUCUAGAAUUUCAAGCAGACUUUGGGCAGACCUCAGCUGUCGCUAGUGGUCCGAAAACGUUUGUUCGUGGCGAUGUUGUGGAAGGAAAUAAGAAAAUUGCUGACACUUCCGGAAGUCUCUAUGUCCCAAAAGUUUCAAUAAAUCUUUCAAAAACAUCAAAUGUUGGAUCAAAAGAUUUCGAUGAAGCUCGAAAAUUGGCGGCGGCAAAAGCUCGCCGAAUGCUUGAAGAUGCGGCUCGUACGAAAAACUUGAAUGUCGUGCCGAAGGUCGUGGUCCCUUCAUCGAAGCCGCUAAGCCGUCCACCGAAGCCGGGAUCAUUGAAAGCAAAACAGGACAAACCGAAAAUGAGCAAUCUGGAAAUGUUCAAGCAGGAGUUGCAGAGAGUUCAAGAAGAUCGAGAAAAACGAAAAGAUCUUCGUGAUCAGUUGGAAAAGGUUGGAAUGGAUGUGUCAGUGGUGAAUCGGCUCGCACCGAAGCUGAAUACGCCAUUCACCGGAUUCUGUAGCGGCGAUUUCGAUAACGAUCCCUAUACCACAAAUCUAUAUGUUUCCAAUGUUCCGCAUAAUGUCACUGAAGAGGAUCUCCUAUUCACUUUCGGAUCUUUCGGACCACUGGCGGCGUUGAAAAUUCUGUAUCCAAGGAAUGAGGAGGAGCGAAGAAGGCCACAUAUCUGCGCGUUUGUCGCUUACAUGUCUCGCGACGAUUUAGAUCGAUUUACGUCAGAAGUAAAGCUGAUGAUUAUUCGAGACGAGCCGAUCCGAUUUUCGUACGCCCGACCAGUGGUAAUUCCGCCGACACCGUACUACAUCCCCCCGCAAUUAUUGCAACUUCAAUGCCCGGACCCACUGUCCGGUUUGCCGUUCAACGCGCAACCCGUGAAAAAAGACGCCGACGAAUUUUUGAAGAAAUAUAAAACAUUUCCGCCGAUUAAUAUGCUUCCAAAUAAGGAUCAUCCCGCUUUUGAGGACUAUAUGAAUCUUAUUCGGAAUGCGGUGAUCCGCGUUGUGAUUCCGCCGGACCGCGCGACACUACGCCUUAUCAAUCGCACGGCGAUUUUUGUCGUCACCGAGGGCUCACAUUUCGAGGCGAUGAUUUGCUCUCGGGAAUUUCAAAAUCCCGCGUUUCAAUUCCUUUGGGAUAACACUAGCGCGUGCCAUGUCUAUUAUCGCUGGCGGAUCUAUUCGCUUCUACAAGGCGAUUCGCCGCACGAGUGGCGUCGCGAGAAGUUCCGGAUGUUCGAGAACGGCUCGUGGUGGAUUCCGCCGUUUUCGACCGCCGAACUCAACAAAUCGAUGCCAAAAUGUUUGCACGAAUCGAAUUGUGUGAAAACGCAUCCGGAGAGAUGGCUCAAAGUCAAAAAUGGACGCGAAGUGACGCCGGAACGCGGCGGCGGCGGCUCUGGCAGUCGACGACGUGAAGCCGCUGAAAGAAUGGAGAAGCAGCUUCAGGCGGAAGAAGAGGCUCGAAAAGCGGCGCGAAAAGAGCGAAUGUCGAGCAAGAAGCGCGAUAAGCUGGAAAAAAUGCUACGUGAGCUCACACCCGAACAAUUGUCGGUUGGUGAAACGAUGGUUUGGUGUGUUGAGAAUGCGGUGCAUUCGAAGGAGAUUUGCGAAUGCAUUUUUGAGAGCCUGACGUUUGAUGAAACGCCGUUGCACAAGAAAAUUGCUAGGGUCUAUCUUAUAAAUGAUAUAUUGGCGAAUUGUGUUCAACGAUCGGUUCGAGACGUUUCGUAUUAUCGAAGUCAUUUCGAGAAUCUUCUGGAAAAAAUUUUUGCGACUCUUGGCAAGACUUAUAAGAAUAUCGCGUCGAGAAUCAAGCAGGAGCAAUUCAAGCAGAGAAUCAUGAACGUGUUCCGUCAUUGGGAGGAGACGGCGCUUUAUCCGGUUGAUCGGCUCAUUCAUAACCAGAACAUAUUUUUGGGAUUGGUUGAAAUUUCGCCUGAGCGAAAAAGUGCGAAUGAGCCGAAGGCGGAGGAGGAAGAGGAGGAGGAGGAUUUGGACGGAAUGCCGAUUGACGAAUCGAUUAUUCCGACGUCGUCGUCGGCGAUCAAUGUUGAUGAUUAUGAUGAGAAUAUCGAUGGAAUUCCGCUGGACAAUGUGCCGGAAAUUGACGUGAAGCCGACGUUUUCCAGAAAUUUCAAGCCGGUUUUACAGCAAGCUUCACCGAGAAAAACGUCGCCAUUGUUCGCAUCGAAAUGGGAUGAUUUGAAUUUGGCGCGAAAAUCGGCUGAAGAGGAUGAAGAUGACAUUGAUGGGAUUGCGAUAGGCGAGCCGGAAAAUCGCAGUGGUAGCUUGUCGCCGGGAGAAAUUAAAGAUGACUCUAAAAGAAGUUCGUCGUCGUCGCAUCACGAUGAUGAGAAGCGUAGGAAGCUGAUACGCGAUGUUGAAGUGCGAGCGAUGACGAUGCUUGAUGAUCUUGAAGCUGAUAGGGAUCCGCGUGCUAAGCAGAAGGUUGACGCUUUUCGAAAAGCGGAAAUGGAAAAAGUUGAAAAGUUGUUAAAAGAGGAGACGGAGAAGCGCAAAGAUCGAAGAUCGAGUAGGAAGGAGAGGAGAAGGAGCAGAAGUCGGACGAGAUCACGAAGUAGAUCCAGGGAUCGCCGGGAUCGAGAUCGACGGGAUCGCGAGAGAAAACGAGACAGAUCCUCAGAUCGCAAUCGGGAUCGAGAUCGAAGGCAUCGAAAUUGA